ACUUUCUUCCGUUUGUUUCUUUAGUUAAACCCGGGAAGCGCCCCGCCAUGUGCAAAUCCAGCAAGAGUUCCCACGGGCUUCCCAUCACCACCACGGUGGGGGUCGCCCGGGUCCUGCCCAGCGGGAAGGUCUACAGGCAGAUCUUCGACGACGAGAUCAACCUGGUGCAUGCUCUGGGGCGGGCUAGGAACAAGAUCGCCCAGCACAAAGUCCUUCCAGGAAAGAUCCCGUUGGUGAGGGAUUUGGAAAGAAGGACCAGCUAUGGAUUCUUGUCCGAGCGCCAAGAGAUCUGGAGCAAGGCAAUGCCCAACGAUCAGCUCACUGAAAACCCAGUGCAAUACAAGGAGGCUGUGACUCAGGCACGUGCGAAGGCUAAAGAAAGCGAGAGUGUAAUCGCUGCGCGGGAAGUCAGAGGCCUUGCCGAUGUCAUUGUUUCAGAUAAAAGAACCAGCGACAUCGUGGAGCGUAUCUACGAAAACAAAAAGUUGUGUUACGAAGAAGUUGUGGCCCAGUUCAAGCAGGAACUAGCAUGUGUCGGAAAGGAAAUUGAAGAAUGCUAUGCGAAGCAUGGGAAAUUUUUGUUGAUCCAGCUACAAGAAUCGGAUCAGGCUUUUGAAGCCCUUUUUCGUAUGUCUGAAAGCGACAUCACUUUAAUCCCCUACACUAUAGAGGACUUUGAGAAAAUGUGGGCCCAUCUUUUCCAAGAGACCCAGCAAAGAAGGCAGUGGAUUCGAGACCUGGAUGAAGCUUUACACCAGUGUGAGGUGGACCGAGCAGAACAGAUCACAGUGGUAUUGAGCAAAUACACCAAGAUGCUAGAGGACAUCGCCUAUCUCCUAACCUCGGAUGUCCACAGAUUCAUGCACAAGGAAGCCAUGAUGAUCAACCAAGCUCUCCUGGCCAAUCGGAGGGCGACCUCCAAGUUGUUCCUUAACCUGAUGGAGGCCAACCUCAACAGGGAUUCCUUCUAUCGCCAACAGCUGGAAGAGAGGAAGGAGGUCUGGAAAGCCGUGCAGAAGAAACAUAUCAUUUCCAGUUUCCGAGAGUUUAUGGAAAGUGAACGAAUACAGAACCCAAGUGCUGUGAAAAUGGAAUUGGAGAGCAUGCUAGAAGAUCAGCGAUCGCUGGCCCAAAAAAGAAACGAACAUUUAUUUUCCCUGGGCUCUUUGUUGCCUUUGAAGCAUAGCCAGGCCGAAAUCAACGAAUGGUACGAGUCUCUGGUAGAAUUAAAUAAGCGAAUAGAUACUCACAACGUCCAGUCCAUGAUGAGAAUUCGCCUCCAGUAUGAGAAGGUUUGUCAGGAGUGUUUGGAAAAACUCCAAGAAAGCAAGCAAAAUCUGAUCGACAUGAAGAUUUGCACCCCCAAAGAAGCCGAGAAGAUUGUAAACCCCAAUUUCUAUCAGUUAAUCGGGGAGCUGCAGCUUCAAUUUGAAGUCAAGAUAGAGAAGAUGGAUGCUGACUUGGAAUACUUGGUUAAAAACAGCGAAAUCAACUGCAGGCACCUCUAUCAGUACUUCCAAGAUGUCCUGGCCGUCUUCGACGCCCACCAGCAGAAACUCAGCCAACAGGAUAAUGAACUUCAGAAAGCUUUAAACGAUUGUCGUUGCAAGCACGAAAACAUGAACAAGCUAAGGGAAAUGAAUCUGGACAUAGCAGUGGACAAACUCAGGAUGCAAAGCACCGAUGAAAAACUGAAAGCUUACCUCGAGAAGGUUUAUGCUGCCUUGGACAUCAUUCGCAAUGGGUACACCGUCUUCCAUCAAGACCUCUUGUCUAAAGUGAUAGCUUACCCACGCCAUGUUCGGCAUGAGCUUCUUUCCUACAGCGCGGCCAUCAGCCGGUAUUUUUACGUCCUGGGCAGCUACAAAGGGAAGACCUUAAAGAAAUCGGGAGGCACAGAUGAAGGAAGAGGGGAAGAUGGAGAAGCAACCGAGGAGUCCAAAGAGGCAGAAGAAACAGAAGAGAGCGAGGAAGAGCUGCUUCUGGAAGAGGGGGAUGCUGAGGGACCUGAUCGUACCGAAGAGGAGGAAGGGGAAGAAAUGGAGGCCUCUCCUCGCCGGAGCGGCAAGAUCAGCGUCAGUGGAGACGACGUAGAAAGAGCAGCGGAAGAGAAAGUCUUGGGCCCCAGGGCUCAAGGCAGCCCUGAGCCAGACUUGACCAAGAAGGAGUCAGACAAGGAGUCCAAGCGGAAGGAUGUGAUUGUGGAAUUCUUCACCACGUCCAGCGAAAACACCUACAAAGUGGUGGAGCACUUGAAGAAGUCCAAGCUGCGGAAACCAGAGAAAUAUUAUGUGGGGAAACUGAAAAGCAGUUCUCUGCCUUCUUAUGUGGAGGAAGUGUAUCUGUCAGAGGCUUUCUUUAGAGAUGUCAGAAGACAGUAA